GUAGCUUCAAUUGAAAAAAUUGAAACAGGAAGUGGUCUAUGUGUCGAGUACUUCUCUGUCUGGUGUGAUGUGCUAAGAGAAGGAUAGCAUUUGAUAUUUUUGCUUUCUCCCAUACUAUACAAAGGAUGGCGUGGGCACAUCUAUUGCUAUUGACUGUUGCAUGGACUAGGCCUACUGAAGGCUUUAACAUCUAUGAGAAACCAGUGACGACCUUUCAAGAGGAUAACGAUGUACUUUUUGGACAAACCGAGGCUCAGUCCAAAGAUGGAGUCCUGAUUCCCUCUCCAAACUCCAGAGUGGUAUUUGAUUGCACUUUGAAUAAAGGAGAUGAGGGCAAAUGUGCCAAACUUACAGGUUUCACUGAAGUAGAAGGAACUAAGCCAGUUGUUUCAGUAACAAACCUCAUGACUGCCGAUAACCAGAAGACAAUGGUCUGUCAACAGCAGAGAAAGAUGGACAAUUUUAUUGAAUACUUUAACGCCAACUGCAGUCUUCAGUCUGCAUUCGGCAAAACUGAGGUGUUGUACCCGGCUACCCUGGUGGUCGAGCAACUCGAUAAAAUCAAAGGCAGCAUCAACAGAAACAACAACAAUAACAACAACAACAACAACAACAACAACAACAACAACAACGAUGACGAUGACGAAGAGGUUCCUGGUACAGAGAUUGGAUUUGUACUGGAUGGUUCUGGUAGUAUAUCAGGACCCGAUUUUGCAAUAGCAAAACAAUUUAUUUGUGAUGUGAUGUCCAAUGUAUGGAAGAAAUGCUAUAACUGUGACUUCACCUUGGUUCAAUAUGGAUUGAGUGUCAGGUCUGAACUAUCACUAAAUGAUAGCAAGGAGAACGGUCAAAAAGCUCUUGAGAAGGUGAAGAACAUCGAACAAAUCGGUAAUCUUACAGUAACCGCUUCAGCAAUACAGUACUUAUUAGAUCAUAGCUUUGCUUCCGCCAAUGGAUCGAACCCAGCAGCCAAGAAGAUGAUGAUUGUGGUGUCAGAUGGAGAAAUCACUGAAUUUGAUAGAAAAAACCUUAUCCCUGCGCUGGAAAUGCUUAAGAAAAUGGAUGUCACCAGAUUUGCUAUUGGUGUGGGAGAAAUUAGACAUAAACCUAUGGCAAUAAAGGAAAUGAAAGAUAUUGCUGGAGAUCUGAAAAAUGUCAACUUUGUGGAUAACUACAAUGCGCUGACAUCAAUCCUUGCCCAACUCGAAAAUAAUCUCUUAAGUAGCAUUGAAGGAUUAAACGAAGGGGAUGGCUUCAAAUUCGAACUCUCUGAGGCUGGCUUCAGCAGUCACAUAGCACCUGAUGAGUCCCUGCUGUUUGGAGCCGUGGGAGCCAACGACUGGAGCGGUGGCGUCAUCCUCAGGCCUCCCGGGCAGCCAGUGAGCUUCUUGCAGGCAGAAUCCUCAAAACAACGCUUCUCCUAUCUAGGCUACAGUGUGCUGUCAGCGACAGUCCCCUCCACCGCUAGAGAAAAACAGUACCUCUAUAUCUCAGGGGCCCCUCGCUAUAAUCUGACUGGCGGGGUGCUUGUCUUUGAUGCAGCCAAUCACAAACAGCGUCAGCUACUCCAGGGGGAACAGUUGGGGUCGUACUUUGGGUCAGUGUUGUGUGCUGUGGACAUUGAUCAAAAUGGAGAGACAGACUACCUACUUGUUGGGGCGCCGUUCCACUACCAGAAGGGUGAGGAGGGAAAAGUGUUUCUAUACAAGCUGCUGGGAGAGGGGGCGUUUCAAAAGGAGGACUUUGAAUGGCGAGGCUUGGAGAAGUAUGUGUUUUCCAGGUUCGGCUCGGCCAUCGCCAGCGUCGGGGACCUAGAUGGAAACGGAUGUACUGACGUGGCCGUCGGCGCGCCUCUGGAAGAAGAUGGCCAAUCCGGAGGCUCCGGAAGCAUCUACAUCUUCAAUGGCGUUUCAGACAAGCUACAGCCGCUACAUUCACAGAGAAUUUCCCCUGCGUCCAUUGGGAUGAAGCUCCGACAUUUUGGCCAGUCAGUCAGUGCUUUCUCAAAGCAAGUGGACAGAAAAAGACAGCGCCACAUCAGUGUUGGCAGUGAAGGCAACGUCACUGUCCUUGAGACCCUUCCCAUACUUAGCAUAAAACCCGUACUGGAAGUGUCACCAACAAAAAUCCCGUUUUCAUGGCGAGAAAAAACAGGCAAGGUCACUUUGGAAAUCCAAUUCAAACAACGAGACCAGGGAGAAAUUGCUGACACUGAAGAACUUCGAAUUUUGUAUAACAUUUCUUUGGACGUGGAUCAAGACAAAAAGCGACUGACAUUCGUCAACAAUUCAGAUAAGGUGGGAGCGUUCGACUGGAAACCAUCUGUAGGCCCUCAAUAUAUCAGCCUGACUUUCAGCGGCUGCAAUGAUUGCUACGCACCCAUUGCAGUACAGCUUAACUUCACUUUGAAUACUACUGCCAAUCGCAAACCACAAAGAGUUUUGGAAUAUUGGACUCCCAAGGAGGUUACUCAAAAGGUGAUGAUUGCCAAUAACUGUGAAGGAUCAUGUGUUGCAAACAUAUCCUUGUCGGAUUCAAAGCUCAAUCAGGACGUCAUUAUCAUUGGAUCAUCCAAGAGCAACUCAAUAUCCUUCAAUCUGACCAACCAUGGGGAUGAAGCAUACAUGACAAAGCUUGUUCUUGCCUACCCUCAUAAUCUGCAGUACAGCCAUAUGACUGUGAAUAAUCCGGAAUCCACAUUAGAGGGGACCAAGUGUGAUCAUGAACUCAGAACGCCUCUUUCUGAGGUCAGGUGUCGCCUUCUGCAUCCGCACUUCAAGAAAGGUGCACAGGCCAACUUUGUCAUCCAUUGGCAAAUUGUGGAUAUGAAGGCAGAGAUGCGUGAUGGUCAAAUCAAUGCAAGUCUAACUAGUGCAAACCAAGACAACCAAAUAUUGGACAGAAAAACAUAUAUUUUUAUGAUGAAGAAUGCUCUGACAGUGCAGCUAUCGGGGACUGCCAGCCCAAAUGUUAUACCAUUUGAGGACAGACUUAAAGAGGCGGACAUCACAUUCACAUUUAAGCUUAGUGGUGAGAACAAGUAUAAUGCAACUUUAACAGUUGACAUCAGUUUAACGACGUUUGAACACAACACCAACAUGGCUAAACCUACAGUUGAGCCAAGGGAUCAUUGUAAGAUAAAUAAAAAAACUCAAGGAUAUUAUGACAUCAAGUGCCUCGUGACCGAUUUGAAAGAUAUCAGAGUCCAUACGUCAAUUAGUGAUGUGAAGGGAACAUCGAGCAAAAUUACUGCCUCUGCAAAUGUGACCGUUGAUGAGGACUUCGUUCUCAUGGGUGUCAACACAACGUCAUCAAAGGUCCAUGUGAUGAUACUGAAGCAGGAAGUGAUCAAAUCAGAAGCAGCUAUCAUUGGGGGUUCUAUUGGGGGUUUCUUAGUCCUGGUGCUGUUUGUGGUCCUCCUGUUCAAGUGUGGCUUUUACAAGAAACGUAAUCAGUCUACGUAGUUCUGAUCAAAAAACAGUUGGAAGUUGGUGGCCCUGUUUGGUUCAUGGUUGUUUUCUAAAAAUGUUGUAUGAUUAUUAUUACUAUUAUUAUUAUUAUUCUGAUUAUUAUUUUCUUAUUAAUGGAUGCACAAUUUUAUGAUUGACUGAUGGAGCUGUAACAUAUUUUGCAUACAUAUCCAUUAUAAUAAAUACAGUUUUCUGCA